AUGCAACGUGUGGGUCCUCAGCUGCGGGUCUUGCCGGGCCCGCCUGGUGCCCUGGUGGGCGUGCCUGGUGCGCCCGCUGUGCUGCCGGGCGCCGUUGCGUAUCCGUAUGCGCAGUGCCCGAUGGCGCAAGCGCAGCAAGCAGCAGCCAUGCGAGCCGCACAGCAAGCGAUGGCACAGGCAGCGACCUUGCCGGCGCCAUCCCUUCCGAUGCACAGGGCGGCAAAUUCUCCGAUGCCAAUGUCGCCCAGCUUGUCGAGAAGAUCGCCGCCCAGGACGCGGACAGCACACUCGCCGCCACCGCAGGUAGCGUCGCAGCGAAAACUGCAGGCCAGUUCCGUCACAGCACCACCUGGCAAGGCCGCGUGGCAACGCCCCUCCAUGGCGGCUCCCGCAGGACCACCGCAGGCGGCGAUGCCCUGUGGUCAUCAUAGCCCGCCUUCCCCUCCAGCUCAAGUGCAGAGGCCAGCUCGACCAGCCGAGCCUCCAUCGAUGCAUUGUGCUCCAUCGUUGCCCAGUUCGUGGCAUGCGCAAUUUGAGCUCGACAUCCAGACGCCGCUGGUGGGCAGUGGUGCCUUUGCACAAGUCCUGCGUGCCAAGGAGAGGAAGACGGGGGUCAUUUGGGCUGUGAAGGUCUUGAGCAAACCGGCCUUCGCUUGUCGCGGCAUUGAGUCGCAGAUCUGGGCUGAAUUAAGUGCAUUGAAGCGGUGCGCAGAGGACCCACAGGGCCGUGGCAGACGGGUGGCGCAACUACUUGAAGCAGUGGAUGAGAAUGACAUCGUCUACCUGAGGUUGGCUCUUUGCACCUGUGACUUGCAGCAGGUCAUGGACUGCCGGGGGCGCUUGCAAGAGACGGAUGGGCGCUUCUGGGCGGCCCAGCUCAUGGAGGGCCUGCAGGAUCUUCAUUCCUUGAACAUCUUGCACCGGGACAUCAAACCCUCCAACUUGCUGCUGGACGACAGCAACCUGCGGAUCACAGACUUCGGUUGGUGCUGCGACCUCUCCGAUUGCCCGAGGGCUCUCGCAGGUACCUUCCAGUACAUGGCACCAGAGGUUUUGAAACAGGAGCCACAGUCAGCAGCUGUGGACCUUUGGAGCGCGGGUGUGACGUUGAUUCAACUCUUAACCGGGCACCACCUCAUUCCAGGUCCAGUCUCUGGUGUGAGUCAUGUGGAUCCUCAACGGAGCACUACCAUCAAGGUGGCGAUGUUGUUGAAAGAGAUUUCCAGAUGUUGUCCUCUGGGUGACGCCUCUCGUCCCCAGUUUCUGUCGGAGAUUUGCUGGGGCUUUCUUCGACAGUUGGUGGAGCCCACGGCGAGACGCCGGGCGAAUGCCAACACCGCCAUGGCUCGGGACGAUAGAGCUGGUGCUAGGUCUGCCAGCAUGUCAGUGCCACCGUGGCCGCCAACCCAAGGCCAAGAGAUCGGCGAAGAGACUGGGGGAAUGGACCUGGAGGUCUCUGGGGACUCUGGGGACUGGGCACAGCCAGAGGUUGGGAAAUGA